AUGCGCGGCUGCUGGCCAUGCCGGUGGGGCAGGGAAGAGAGCGGAGAAGGAUGGCGAUGGCCUUGGGGUAUGGGAGGGAGAAAUCAAGAAGAAGAACCGAUAGGUCUCGGAGCUGGUCGUAUGGUCUAUGGGAACCACCGGCGCACAGGGAAAUUGAGGUCUCCUCCAAAGCUGAUCGAAGCAGGAACCGAUGGAUCAGAGGAGGGAAGGACUCCGAGCUUCUUCGUAGAAGCCUCCGUUGUGACUGUAUCGGGACUGCAACCUGUGCAAAUAUUUGAGGGGACCAUGUUUCAUCCACACGCCCUGGCCGGGAAAUAUGCGAACAUGAAUGGCAGUGAAAACGGAGAAAGUUCCUUCGACAGGCAGAGCAACAGAAAGAACAGCAACUAUCCAUCAAUAUGUGAGGAAGAUGGUUUCGAUGGAGCUCUAGACCCAUCGCAAUUGGAAGCCAUUGCUUCCAACACUGGUCUACAACUUAUCCGAUGUGCACAACUGCUAAUUGCCAACGGGAGAGAAGAAGCAGCCCUGAGCACGUACAAGAAAGCAAUUCUUGCUGACCCAAGCAACGUGCUCGCCCUCAUCCAAUGCAGCGAUCUCUUAUUCGAGCAUGAGUACACAGAAGAGAGCGAAAUGCUUCGAAAUUGCGCCAAGUCAAUCAUGAACAAGUAUUCAGACAGCGAGGGAGAGGAGGAACUUGAAGCAAUCAUGCAGGAAGCGCUAACAGAACAACAGCGAGAAGUUGAGAGAACGCCGCUGCCCAACGUGGAGGCCGAGGAGGUCGAGGCUCUUGUGGAAACCAUAUGGAACCGCUUUCAAGAGGUGAUUCAAGCUUCGCCACUUAUCAUGGAAGAUGGAGAGGAUUCUCCUGCAGAAGAAUCGUGGGACGACGAAGUUGAUGAUGGCGGCGUGCAAAGGAGCAUGUCACUUCCUGUGUUGACCCAAGCAGAGUUGGAGUGA